AUGGCUAUCCUUGAUCCAAACAAUUAUUCUGGAGUUGAAUUGACUGAUUCAACUCAUGUCGCCGGUACUGAUCCCGGAGUCAACCCUAGCUGCCCAUUUUACAUGCAUCCAUCGGAUAAUCCUGGUGCGAUGUUGGUGACAGCUCCGUUCAAUGGCGUUGGAUACCGAUCCUGGAGAAGAAGCGUUCUUAGAGCCCUCUCAGUCAAAAAUAAAAUAGGAUUCAUCACUGGCGAGUACAAACGACCAGACCUAGAUUCUCCGCAAUUUCGUCAGUGGGAAAGGUGUGACGAUAUGGUAACCUCAUGGAUCCUGAAUUCUCUGUGUAAGGAAAUCGCUGAUAGUGUUGAGUAUGCUAAUAAUGCUUUUGAAUUUUGGAGAGAGUUGGAAGAUAGGUACGACCAGACUAACAGUACCAAAUUGUAUCAAAUCCAAAAGGAAAUUAAUGAUCUAGCUCAGGGAACCCUUGAUGUUACUGGAUAUUAUACAAAAAUGAAGAAGCUUUGGGAAGAAUUGAGCAUGAUAAAUGCCAAGUCACAGUGUAGUUGUCAAUGCACUUGUGGGGCUAAAGAGAAUAUGCACAAGGCUGAACAAGAUAGAAGACUCAUUCAGUUUCUCAUGGGUUUGAACGAAGUGUAUACCACAGUGCGAGGUAGUAUACUCAUGAUGAAUCCACUGCCUUCCAUGGCACAGGCCUUCUCCUUGUUAAUUCAGGAAGAAAAACAGCGAGAAGUGAAGCCACAUAAUCAACUCAUGCUCGACUCUGCUUCUUUGAAUGCUAAUGUAACUUCACACAACAGCUUCAACAACAGAACACCUGUAUAUAACAAUUUCAGAACCAACUACUCUCCAAACAAUCCCUCCACGAGUACUAGACCUCGCCCCUUCUGUGAUUACUGCAAACGUGCUGGCCAUACUAGAGAGAAAUGCUUCAAACUCCAUGGCUAUCCGCAGGAUUUCAAUUAA